AUGCCUUUUUAUAUACGCAGGUACUUGAAUGUGCUUAUUUUCCCUCCAUUCCGAGUCACAACCGAGUUGACUCAAAAACCAAGCCUAGGGUUCCCAUCAAAUCCUGCAAUCACUGUCAGAAUGGAUAAAAAAGACUGUGAGGAAUUUGCAAAAAGUGCUUCGGAUUUCAAGUGUGAGGAAUCUGCAAAAAAUGCUUCGGAUGUCAACUGUAGGAAGCUUCUCCACGCAGUUGAUGCACCAAUUGCAUGCCCAACUCCAGAGAAGAACUUUGAACCCUUGCUUAUCAAAUCCAAGCAGGCAGAAACUCAGCUUCCAGAAAAAUGCAGGACCAUUGCAGAUUUGUUUAGUCACAUGAGCUGUUCACUUAGAUUGCUGCAUCUGCGUAAAAAAUCUCCAACUUUUCAAAAUAUUAGCAAGCAGGUCGAAGUUCUUGGCAAGAGAAAAUUCUCCCAUGCCCAUCUUGCGCAGAUGAAGUAUAUACUUCCCGAAGGCAUACAUAUAGAUAAGGUGUUAGUUCAUGAUAAGAAGAGCUUGUGUAUGAAGCCGGACAUGAAGAUCACCUUGAUAUUUGAGGUUGUGGAAGAAUACUCCAAAGAAUUUGCUGAUAUGGCUCUUCGCCAAUAUUUUUGUUCUAGGCUGAUUGAUUUCUUCAAUAUGCACCCUGAGGCUCCUGAUAUUCCGGAGGCCAUACUGCCAGAGCCCUUUAGCCAAAGAACUCAUAGCUUGAUUUGUGAAGCUUUGCCUUUAAAUUCUUCAACAGAACUUCCGUCAACUUCCAAUCAAAUUGAACUGCUGCCUGAGAAACUCCAUUUGUAUCCAUCUUUUCGCAGACAUUUUUCUCGGAAGAAUGUUGCUGAUCAGACAGGAAAGCAUCAAUGCUUUUCACCCACUAAAACUUCUCUGUCAUCCCAUGUCUCUGAUUGCCUAGAUAACCAACGAAGUGAAAGCACAUGGCAGAAAGAAUGUGCUCCAUUACCUGAUUGUGUAACUAAUCUGAAUACAGAAAGAAGGCAGCAGAAGGAAUCAUUUUCUAUGUGUUAUCAACCAGGUGUUAUAAAUACACCAGUGCAUAAGAUCUGCCCUCCACAUUCUGUUUGUUGCAGUAGUUCUAAAAGCCCUGAUAUGAAAAUUGUCUCUUGCGCUGAUAGUUUAAUGAUAGAGACACCUGCCCAGUCAGCACCUGGGAGAUUGAUGCCCGUUUCUGAUGUUAAGCUUCAGAACAUGACUACUCAAAAGUCAACAUCAUGUCCUAAGUCUGCAAAAAGAGUGCUUCACUUUUCGCUCCUGGAAGGCUGUGAUGGCUUGGACAUUAGACUAGACAAGUUAGAGUCUAGCAGGGCACCGGAUGAAUUUGUUAGCAUCCCUGAAUCUAGCAGAGGAUGUUCUGAGAAUAGCAAUUCUUUUGUCCCUGUUGCUCUACCUCAGGAGGUCAAAGAGAGCCUUGGUUAUUCUUUUGAGAAAACCAACCAAAAUCUAGCUGGUGUAGAUGCAGGGAAUAAAAAAAUUUCAUCAUUGCUGGAUUAUGUUAAUGUUAUUCACUCUAUAUUUCAUUCUGAUAAAAGAACUUCAAUCACAAAAGAGGAGCUCCUGCAAAAGAUAAUUAUGAACAGCUCGGAUUUUGUUGAAAUUAGUGAAGUUGAAGAACAGAUCGAGUUUCUGGAAAAGUUGGUGCCAGACUGGAUUUGCAAGAAGUUGGUUUCUAGUGGAGAUAUUAUUUACUGGUGGGUUAAUUUCUGUCUACUGUUGAUUAGAUCUUUGUGCUUUUAUAGUAUUAGUAUCUUCUACGGAUGUGAGCAUAUCUGA